GUUGAAAGCCUUGAAGAGGAGGGGUCACAAAGGAGGACACUCGGAAAAGGUGGGUCCAAGCCCUAAGUAGGGAGUUACAAUGCAGGUGUAGAGGUUGUUGACAGGGUCCUUUCCCUUUCUUGGUCACACUUCAGAGGUGAAACUGCUGAUAGCAUCCUUGCCUUGCAAAAGAGAUCUGAGCUGGGGUUCCAGGUUUCUACCUUCUGUGAUCUUUAGUUCUUUCACCUGGAAAAAAACUACAUUUCCCAUCAGCUGCCGUAUAGGAGAGACUUGAGUAACAGUUUUUCCAUCAUGGAGCUUUUAGGAUCUACCUUAACAGCAACUUAUGCCCACCCUGAUCCAACACCUACCAAUUUUCUACCAGCCAUCAGUACCAUGGCAUCAAGUUAUAAGAACCGAUUUCCCCACUACUCUUUGACUCAUAGCUUGAGCCUUCCAUGGAGACCAAGCACAUAUUAUAAAGUAGCUUCCUACUCACCUACCUUAGCUCCAUUAUCCAGAGGAUCUGAGGGACUAUCUGAGAACAGGAUGCUGCCCUUUGUUUCUAAUAGAACAGCACUUUUCACAAGGUAUACACCAGAUGAUUGGUACAGAUCCAGGCUAACAAAUUUCAAAGAGUCUGAAAGUUCCAGACAUAAUGCAGAAAGACUAAGGGUGGAUACAUCUCGGAUGAUUCAUGACAAAGAUCAACAAACAAGAAAUACCCAAUCAGAUACCACCAAAAACAUAGGAGAAAGAGUCAGUGACAUAGGAUUUUGGAAAUCAGAACUCAUUCAUGAGUUGGAUGAGAUGAUUGGAGAGACAAAUGCUUUUACAGAUAUUAAGAAAAGGUUGGAGAGAGCUUUAAUUGAAACAGAAGCACCUCUUCAGGUAGCCCAAGAAUGUUUAUUUCAUAGAGAGAAAAGGAUGGGGAUUGAUUUAGUUCAUGAUGAGGUGGAAAAACAACUCUUGACAGAAGUUGAUGUUAUUAAAUCUUGUCAUGAAAGAAUGAGAAGAUAUCUGGAAAAGGGUAUUGCUCAACUUGCAUCUGACAGAGCAGCCCAGCAUGAGCUUGAGAAGGAUCUCAGUGAUAAGCAGAUAGCAUUUCGGAUUGAUGAUAAAUGCCACCACCUGCGAAAUACUUCAGAUGGUAUUGGUUAUUAUCGAGGUGUGGAACGUGUUGAUGCUACGAUCUCAGUGCCAGAAUCAUGGGCCAAGUUUACUGAUGACAACAUUCUUCGUUCUCAGAGUGAAAGGGCAGCUUCUGCCAAACUGCGAAAUGAUAUUGAAAACCUAUUGGUUGUGACUGCAAAUGAGAUGUGGAAUCAGUUCAAUACAGUCAAUGUUGCUUUCACCAAUCGCAUAGCUGAGACGGCGGAUGCCAAAAACAAGAUUCAGGUGUAUUUAGCAAAGACACUACAGGAACUCUUCCAAUCUGAAAUGGCCUUAGAAGCAAUUCGAAAAUCCAUUAGGGACAAAGUUACACCUUUGAAGGUGGCACACACUAGACUGGAUGAGCGUAUAAGAAGACCAAAUGUUGAACUGUGCCGAGAUACAGCCCAACUACGCCUUGUUAAUGAAGUUCAUGAAAUUGAUGACACAAUCCAGAGUCUACAGCAGCGACUGAGAGAUGCUGAGGACACUCUACAAGCACUAGUCCAUUCCAAAACUGCCUUGGAACAUGACCUGGCUGUCAAGGCAAAUUCUCUCUUUAUUGACCAGGAAAAAUGCAUGGGAAUGCGCAAAAGUUACCCUAGCACUCUUAGGCUGGUGGGAUACUCAUAAACUUAUUCAAUCAAUCAUUACCAUUUAAUUGUUUGCCAUUAAAGAAAGGCAAGCCUGAUGGUUCUGUUGCAAGAUUAUAAAAACAGUGGAUAUGUUCACUCAUUAAAGGAUACUCUUAAUAUAAAUUAAA